UUCGAAACCAAGAGCUCCAAACAACUUACUUAUUCUGGUCGUUUCCCUCUCCUCUUCUCUCGUUUUCCCUCCUCAUUCCUCUCUGACUUCAUUCUCUUCACUCGUCUUGACUUCACCUACAUCCUCAUAUACCACCGUCAUCAUGUCUCUCGGCAAGAAGGUUACCCUCAACUCCGGUGCUCAGAUCCCUCAACUGGGGUUUGGUACCUGGCAGUCUGCCCCCGGUCAGGUCGGUGAGGCCGUUUACCAGGCUCUGAAGGCUGGUUACCGUCACCUGGAUCUGGCUACCAUCUACCAAAACCAGAAGGAAGUUGCCGCCGGUAUCAAGAGGGCCUACCAGGAUGUCCCCGGCCUCAAGCGUGAGGACCUCUUCAUUACCUCCAAGCUCUGGAACAGCCAGCAUCACCCCGACGUUGUUGAGAAGGCUCUUGACGAGUGCCUUGCCGAGCUUGAGCUCGAAUAUCUCGACCUCUACCUCGUCCACUGGCCCGUUGCCUUCAAGACCGGCAGCGAACUCUUCCCUCUCAUCGAGAACAGCUCCGUCGAGGGCGGUGAUGUCAUCAUCGACGACAGCAUCUCCAUCGUCGACACCUGGAAGGCCAUGACUAAGCUCCCUAAGUCCAAGGCCCGCGCCGUGGGUGUCUCCAACCACAAGGUGGAGCACCUCGAGGCCAUCAUCAAGGCUACCGGCGUUGUCCCCGCCGCCAACCAGAUCGAGCGCCACCCUCUCCUCCAGAGCCCCGCCCUGAUCAAGUACUGCCAGGAGAAGAACAUCCACGUUACCGCUUACUCGGCCUUCGGCAACAACAUGAUCGGCGAGCCCCUCCUCGUCACCCGCCCCGAGGUCAAGGAGGUCGCCGAUGAGGUCUCCAAGCGUCUCGGCAAGCCCGUUACCCCCGCCCAGGUCAUCCUUGCCUGGUCCCAGCUCGGCGGCCACAGCGUCAUCCCCAAGUCCGUCACCGCCUCUCGUAUCGUUGAGAACUUCCAGGAGGUUGAGCUCACUCCCGAGGAGAGCGCCAAGAUCACUGCCCUGGGUAACGAGCGCCGCUACAACGUUCCUUACACUGCCAACAAGCCUCGCUGGGACAUUAACAUCUUCGGCGAGAAGGAGGAGGCUCCUGCUACCCACAAGGUGAUUGUUUAGACGCCUGGAUGCUGUGCUGGUCACGUUUUAAUGAUUGAUGUUUUGUACGUCCAUAUGGAGGAUAGACAGUAUAUAUGUGAAUAAAAGCAAAAAGUGUAUAAAUGAUAAUACAUUUGUGUGCUCCUGUAUAGCCGAUACCUUCUGGUUAAGUAUAG